UUUUCAUCCUCUACAUAUCUCCUGACUAAUAGCAGUCAGUUUCAGGUGAUGAGGGUUCAACUUUCAACUACAGCUGCAACAUUUCUCAAUUAGGGUUAGGGUUUUUCGCAAAAAUGGACACUCCAGAAUCUAAAUCUACUCCUGCUAACACCCGCAAAAUCAAAUUAAUCAAUCCUUCUCCAUCAGAUUCUUCUGCUUUUCAAGAUUCACCUGUAUUCAAUUACUUAAGCAACCUAUCUCCCAUACAGCCUGUCAAAGGUGGACCUGUUGCCCAAGGAUUCCCUGGGCUAGCUUCACCUCCACUUGUAUUUACAUCACCGCGCUUUAAUUCACUAACAAAUUUAUUCAACAGGAAGCUACAAUCUUCUGGGCCUAAUUCAGAAUGUUCUCAAGAUCAUGAUCAUGACAACUGUCACAAAAAUGAAAGGGGACUGGGUGGUUCUAUUAAAAUAGAACCUGAAUUUCAUAAUCGUUUGGCUUAUGGUGAUCAAAAGACUUGCAACACUGAAAAGUUAGUUCCGGAUGCUCAUUGCAGUCCAUCUGGUUGCCUUGAUGAAUUCUUAACCGAUCCCGGCAAUUGUGCAAAUUCUUCACAAAAAUUACAAUCUGACAAUGCCCAACCUUCUCUAGAAGGUGGCUGUUUGGAGAAAAUAGAUGUUGGUAAUGGCAAAGCUCUGGGCCUGAAUGGUUCUGCAUUGCAAAAGGGUAAAAGAAUUUCACAAGCAAAGUCCAGAAUCAGUGUUAGACUGGUGAAAAAUGAACCACGGCAUGUAAUUUCAUCUUCUGAAUGUUCGGGUGCCUCAUCCAGUUUGUUGACAGAUCAUACAUCCGAAAAAUGUCAAACUGGAGAUUCUUUCAAUGAGGCCAGUCAUUUCGAACGUGGCACUCUCAGACGUUGUCUUUUUGAUGAGAGUCAAAGGAUAAAUUCUGUUGAUGGACCUGGUUUUUGGAACCCCAUUGCUAGUGCCCAGAUUCAAGAAUCAGUUAAUAUGUCCACUGGGAAAUUAGGGAGUGAGCAAUUGAACAACUUCUCUAAACCUGCUGUUGAUGCUUGUGUUUCUUCAGUUACUGAUAGUCAUGCUGUUGCCGUCUCCAAGCCGCUAGGUAUAGGGUUGCAUCUGAACAGUGUAGUUUACCCCAGAUCAACGGAUAGUGCAAUUACUAAUCAGCAGUCAUCUGUGAUGAGAGUGGAAAGAAAAAAAUUGCUAUUUCUCACAAACAAUCAAUCAGAUGGAAAGGUUGAUGCCUCUAAUGUAACUGGGAAAGUUUUAAUUAGCUCUGAGGAGAUAGAUCGACAUCAGGCCUGCUCAGUACCGUCGUCUAACAACACCAUAGCUUCAGAAGCUAUCGAACAAUCUAACAAUGCCAUUGAGACAAAGCUACAUGCUGCUUCUACAAUUAUAAAUGAAAAGAUUACAUUAAGUUCAGAUCUUGUGGAAAAUUUUGAGUCUAGUCUUGGAAGCCCAAAUACGAAGAGGAAAAAGACCUCAAGCUCUACGGAUGAUGACACAACCAAGCGAUGUAAUUGCAGAAAGACCAAAUGUUUAAAACUCUAUUGUGAUUGUUUUGCUGCGGGAUUUUACUGUGGUGAAUCAUGUGCUUGCGUAGGGUGCUUUAAUCGACCUGAAUAUGAAGAUACAGUUCUAGAGACAAGGCAACAAAUUGAAUCCAGAAAUCCACUCGCUUUUGCUCCAAAAGUUUUGCAGACUGUCACAGCUUCUCCUACCAGCAGCAAGGUUGUCAGCAAUCUGUCAACUCCAUCCUCGGCAAGGCAUAAAAGAGGAUGCAAUUGCAAAAAAUCUAUGUGUCUUAAGAAAUAUUGCGAGUGCUAUCAGGCUAAUGUUGGAUGCUCUGAAGGAUGCCGUUGUGAAGGAUGUAAAAAUAUAUAUGGAAUAAGAGAAGAUUAUAAUAUUGCCAGAGAAAUUAUGCUUAAGAGAGCAUCUGUUGAAAUGUCAGAAGGAACAAUGACGGUCAAUAAUAGUUUUGUCAGCAGUAGGGCGCACAGUUCUCCUAACCUGACACCAAUUACACCAGCAUUGCAGUGCUCAGACCAGAAAAAGAAUGCUCUCAAAUCUCGGCUACCCUUCAGGAAAUUUUUGCACCCUCCAGAAUCUCAUACUGAUACGUUGACAUCUGAAGAAAACCCAGCUUCUCCAUCAAAUUCACAGAACCAUGGUGAGCUGUUAGAAAAAAAUAAAUGUACGGAUGUAGGUGUCCCUGAUGCAGAGAAAGGCCUGGAGAACACAGAAGACAGAUUAGUACUUGCAGGUGAUGAUGAGUCUGUAAAUGCACACUGUUCGUCCCAAUUGUCUAAACCUGAUGUUAAAAAUAGCAUCUUGAGAAAUAAAUCACAGCCUGAGUCUUUUGCUGAAAGUGGUCCUCUGGCACCAAGUAGUUCUCUUCGAUGGCGAAGCUCACCCAUUACUCCAAUCACACAGUUGACCACUUCUGAACUCAAAGAAUUUGGUACAGGUAGCACACACUUUGACAUGUUUGAAGAUGACACCCCCGAGAUACUGAAGCAGUCACCUACCCCCAUUAAAUCUGUAAAACUGAGCUCCCCUAAUAAGAAGCGGAUCUCUCCCCCUCACAAUCAUAUAAAUUCCUCAGAAUCCCUAAAAAUUAGCCGCAAAUUUGUACUGCGUGCUGUGCCUUCAUUUCCUCCGCUUACCCCGUAUUCCAAAAACAGCAACCUUGACAACAGAGGUUAAGCGUUUUAUUUAGAUACCAGAUUUAUACUUAUUCACAUAUGCAGUUUGAGGCAUCAUAUGGUUUCGUGUAUCACAGCUUGCACCAAUGAGUGCAAAGGUUGGUCUCCUGAACUCUGGAUCUAGAUGUGGAAAAAAAAAUUUGUUGUUUGAGAUCAACUAUCUGGUCUUCUGCUGACAAGCUGCAUCAUGAUAUUAUGAACUCCAACUGGUCGCAUACACCAUAAUCUGAAUCAUAUUCUGCUUGUAUUUGCCGAGAUCUCAAGAUGUAACCUCCUUUCAGUUUCCCUCUCUUUGCUCCUUGGGGUAUUAUUUUUUUCCCUCUAAUUGAAUAUUUUUUUGGGGGUUUAAGAAAGCGAGUAAAUAAAUUUGACAAGUACACAAGUUGAUAAACUGUCACAGGAUUUUCUACAGUUGUAAUCCAGAAUUUUUGAAUUUCUUCAACCAUUGUAAAAUGUAACAUCUAUAUUACUAUAUAUAAUUUGUGGAAGCCUUUUUCCUA